AUGGUAGAUACGAAGAGCCAGGCCUGGAAAAGGAAAUAUGUCAACGAGCCUCGCAAUCCUGACCGCAAUCGAACCCAAAAUGCAACCAAAAAUUUAAUUCACAAUCAACACCGCGAUCAAGAUCGCAAUUCACACCGCGACGUCAAUCGAAGGCCAGCUCCCGAAGGCGAUGAAGUCAAUCGGUCCAGAAUACCAGAAUUGAACCCAGGCCCACCUACUGGAGACGAUAUUCAGCAACGUCUCGGACAACCCGGAGCGGUCGACGACGUCACAAAGACAAGACCGGCCGCUAUUCACGUGUUGGCACUCAAAUGGCAAGACAGUGAGGCCAAGAAAAUGAAGCCGCCAUAUGAUUUGGUUUGUCGGGUAUUUUCUGAAGAAUUGGGGUACGAUGUCACCAAGUAUGAUAUCCCGAGAAAAGACGCAACGCAAAGUUUGCGCCUCAAGGUGGCCGAAUUUCUGCCCCCCGACAACUCUCCCAGCAGUGAUACGUACAUCAUCUACUACAUUGGCCACGGAGGCAGGGGCAGUGACGAGAGUCUGAGCUUUUUCAGUCAUCGCGGAGAGACAGAAGAGGACCUCAUUGAACAAUUCCAGGAGGAUGGAAAGAAAGCCGGACGCGUGAGGCUACCCGAGGUCCUGACCCGCCUGCCCCAAUGCGACCUCGCACUCAUUCUGGAUUGCUGUUACGCCGGAGCGGCUUUCAAUGACAUAGACACAACUCUUACUCCGAAUCAUUUGUACCAGGUGCUGGCGGCAAGCACAGCGUACGGGAAGACUUGGGACGGGCAGUUCAGUAAACGUAUGUGCGAAUUUUUGCAACGCAAGAGGAAGGAAAGGUUGGAUAAAGUGUCGAUCAGGGCCAUCUCCGGGACCGUCAGGAACACACUUCAACUGCGUUAUCCACGAAUGGGACCGUCUAACGACGAAGGGCACCACAAUACGGUCAUUGACCACCCCAAAGCAUCGCACGAUGACGCGAUAAAGCUCCCACUGGACCUUCCUGUCCCCCGGCCCCAGAAGGUGAUAGACCGUAAAGUCGUUCACUGA